AUAAGUAGUGUGACAGUCCAUGAAGUAGUGUGACUUUACAGUCCGAAAGUUGGUGCAUCUCUCCUGUUGUUCUUUCUCCACAGGGAGGCAGCUGAAACUGGAAGCCUCGGGGAUUAUUGGAUUUGAACCUUUGUGAAAAAUCUUCGUGCAGCGGGAAUGCUAGCUAAAACUUCUCAGGCACAUUCACCCGAUGUGCUAACCUUGAAGAUGAGUAGCUCUCACAAGAACCCAAAUGACUGUUUGGCAACAGUCAGUGGUGGAGCAGAUACACCAUUCGAUUUUUUAUGCAAUUUUUAUGACAGAGUCAUAGCUGGUGGAGCUGCUGGUGUUUUUGUAGAAGCAGCUUUAUACCCAAUUGACACAAUAAAAACUCGACUACAGGUUGCCCAUGCUGGAGGGAAAAUUAUGUUAAAGGGUCUAUAUUCGGGAUUGGCUGGAAACCUUGCUGGUGUCUUACCGGCUUCUGCCAUAUUUGUUGGUGUAUAUGAACCUACAAAGCAGAAACUGCUGAAGGCAUUGCCAGAAAACCUUAGUGCUUUAGCUCAUUUGACUGCAGGUGCUAUUGCAGGUGCUGCUUCUUCUGUUGUACGAGUUCCAACAGAGGUUGUCAAGCAACGCAUGCAAACUGCACAAUUUUCUUCAGCCCCAGAUGCUGUGCGUCUUAUUCUUGCUAAGGAGGGGUUCAAAGGUCUUUAUGCGGGGUAUGGAUCGUUUCUAUUGCGAGAUUUACCAUUUGAUGCCGUUCAGUUUUGCAUCUACGAGCAGCUUCGAAUAGGAUUUAAACUAGCGGCACGAAGAGAUCUGAAUGAUCCUGAGGUUGCUCUGAUUGGUGCUUUUGCUGGCGCAGUAACUGGAGCUAUAACUACUCCUCUUGACGUGAUUAAGACGAGAUUAAUGGUUCAGGGAUCAGAAAACCAGUACCGAGGAAUUUAUGAUUGUGUUAGGACCGUAAUGAGAGAAGAAGGAAGUCCUGCUCUUUGGAAGGGUAUUGGGCCACGAGUCUUGUGGAUAGGUAUUGGAGGUUCCAUUUUCUUUGGUGUUCUUGAAAGGACAAAGCAAAUACUUGAGGAAAGGCGUAGGGAUCUGGACUCGAACUCUUCGAAGCGGAACUGACUGUAGCAGAUGCAGUACUGAGUCGUCGUAUUCAUCUG